AUGGCCGAGGGUGAGCCACCGGUUGUCUCGCGGGCAGCCUCGUGGAAAGAACAGUUAAAGGGAUGGGUAUUCGCAGCCAUUCUUUAUUUCUCAGCUCUUUUUGGUGUCUUCUAUGUACUCGUCCCAUUGAGUCCUCUCGUUUUCUUUUCUCCAUCGAUUUUUCGACACCUCACUGACCGAAUGAUUGGCCUGUGGCUGAUUUUGCCGUCUGGCCUACUGAAAUUAGGCUAUGGCUCUAAAGUCAACGUGAUUGGUGACGCUGUCGACCAUUCCGAGCCAGCACUCAUCAUUAUGAACCAUCGAACAAGGCUAGAUUGGCUCUUUUUCUGGAUGGGGCUGUAUCAACAAGACCCUUGGCUGUUGACUUCAGAGAAGAUUACGCUGAAAAGCAUCUUGAAGUACGUGCCGGGAGCCGGAUGGGCAAUGCAAAUCAAUUCGUAUAUCUUCUUGGAGCGCUCUUUUGAGACUGAUAAAUCAAAACUUCAACGAAUCUUAAAUUACUUUUCGCAAAUCGGCAUGAAUUACCAAGUGUUACUGUUCCCAGAAGGUACAGAUAAGUGCCCAAGAGCAACAGAAAGAAGUCGAGUUUAUGCAGAAAAGAAAGGGCUCGUUCAUUAUCAGUAUUUACUACAUCCACGAGUCACCGGUUUUGUCUUCAUGAUUCAAGAAAUGCGAAAAACCGAUUAUAUUAAAUAUAUCUACGACGUAACCGUUGGUUUUGAUGAUAAAAUCGUGCAAUCAGAAGCCGAUUUUGUUCUUCAUGGCGUCGUGCCCAAGCAAGUGCACUUUCAAACCAGAAAGAUCCCAAUCACCGAAUUGCCAACGGAUGAUAAAGAGUUAGGGCAAUGGCUCGUCAAACUUUGGGCAGAAAAGGAAGAGAAAUUAAAACGCUUCUAUCUUCGAGAAUCCAAAGAGAAAACGACUUUUCCGAACACAGCAAAUGGGCAAUCGUGGCCAAUGAGAAAUCGUGAUAAUCACUUGCAGAACAUUAUCAUUUUCGUUUGGAUAGUCGUGACAUCUCUUUGGGGAAUCGGCUACCUGUUUCUUCCUUUACAAUGGAUUUAUUCAAUUCUCUGUUGCAGUCUAAUGAUUGGCGUAUAUUAUAGAUUUGGCGGAUGGGAAUGGUUAGCAAUCGAUAUUUUCAACCAGAGAAUGGCCCGGAAGCUUAAAGAAAAC